GAAAAGCUCAAGAUUCUCCUUUUGCUCUGCUGUGAGAUGAAGAACUGUCCCAGAUGCCAUUUCUUUUAAACAAAAAAGAGCUACAGAUGAUUGAAGAAUGCGAGACCUAACGGCUCAGGUAACGAGCAGUCUGCUGCAGUUUCCAGAGGUGACUGUUGAGGCACUUGGGGAAGAUGAGAUCACCCUAGACUCUGUGCUGUGUGGGAAGUUUUCUGGAGGCAGAAGUGGCCUGGCGUGGCUGGCGUGUGGCCCCCAGCUGGAGGUGGUGAACUCAGUGAGCGGAGAGCGGCUCUCUGCGUAUCGCUUCAGCGGGGCGAACGAGCAGCCUCCCACUGUUCGUGUGGUGAAGGAGUUCUCUUGGCAGAAGAGGACUGGGCUCCUGGUUGGGUUGGAGGAAGCAGAGGGGAGUGUUCUCUGCAAACUUAAGUGUGGGGGACACAUGGUGCUAUACCCUCAUGUUGUUCUUCCAGGAAGGGUGACUGCCAUCGAACCCAUCAGCAAUGACGGCGGAGCCAGCGUGAGCACCCGGCACCUGCACCAGAGUCUGCGAUGGCUCUUUGGGGUGGCAGCAGUGGCCACGGAUGUUGGCCACGUCCUUCUGGUUGACCUUUGUUUGGAUGAUUUAUCGUGCAGUCAGAAUGAAGUAGAAGCAUCAGAUCUAGAAGUUGUCACUAGAAUUCCUGCUGAAGUUCCCCAAAGAAGAGAAGCUGUGACGAGGGAAGGGAGGCAUCUCUGUUUUCAGUUACGAAGUCCUUCAGGAACAGCAGUAUCAACCCUGUGCUACAUAAGCAGGAGCAACCAGCUUGUUGUGGGUUUUUCUGAUGGCUACUUGUCACUAUGGAAUAUGAAAAUUUUGAAGAGGGAGCACCACUCCCAGCUUGAAGGAGGAAGGAUUCCUGUCUAUGCAGUUACUUUUCAAGAGCCCGAGAAUGAUCCCCGCAAUUGUUGCUACUUGUGGGCUGUUCAGUCUACACAGCAAAGUGAAGGUGAUGUUGUGAGUUUACAUCUGUUGCAGUUAGCAUUUGGUGACAGGAAACGCCUGGCAUCAGGACAAGUAAUGUACGAGGGUUUGGAAUACUGUGAUGAAAGGUACAGUUUAGACCUCACUGGUGGAAUCUUUCCCUUGAGAGGGCAGACCAGCAAUACUAAACUACUCAGCUGUCAGACCAUAGAAAAAUUUCGCAACCAUGCUGACAGAGAGGAUAACAUUAAUGAAGUAAUCUCUCCUGACACCAGUGUAUCAAUCUUCAGUUGGCAAGUGAAUACCUAUGGUCAGGGAAAACCAUCUACUUAUCUGGGUGUGUUUGACAUCAAUCGCUGGUAUCACGCUCAAAUGCCAGACUCACUGAGGCCAGAAGAAUUUCUUCAUGACUGCCCCUAUUUUGCACUGUGGUCACUGGAUCCUGUCAUAAGCAUGACUUCUCCAAACCUCAUUUUGGAUAUUCUGGUACACGAGCGUAGCCUAAGUCGGGGGGUGCCUCCUUCUUAUCCACCACCUGAACAGUUUUUUAAUCCAAGCACCUAUAAUUUUGAUGUGACGUGCUUGCUCAACUCGGGAGUUGUUCACAUGACUUGCACCGGCUUCCAGAAGGAGACGCUGAAGUUUUUGAAGAAGUCUGGUCCUUUAAUAAGUGAAGCCAUUCGUGACAGCUACACUCGGUGUCUUGUAGCUGGCUUGCUGUCUCCAAGACUGGUUGAUGUCCAGCCAUCCAGUCUGAGCCAGGAGGAACAGUUAGAAGCAGUGUUGUCAGCUGCGGUGCAGACAGGUUCUUUAGAACUUCUAACGGGAUGCAUUAAACACUGGACUUCUGAAGAGCAGCCAAGUUCAGCUGUAAAUUUACGGUUUGUUCUUGAGUGGACGUGGAACAAAGUGAUCUGUACAAAAGAUGAACUGGACCAAAUCUGUGUUCCGCUGUUUGACGGCUCGUGCAACUUCAUUGACCCACAGACGUUACAGUCCCUUCAGCACUGCCAGCUGCUUCUGAGCAACCUCAGCACAGUCCUGAACUGUUUUCUAACAGAAGCUCGAGAGCUUACUGAGAGAGGUUUUUCAGACUUGACAAAUAAGCAGGUGGUAACCAGCCUCAUUUCUUUGUAUGCACAAGUGGUGAUCUGGUUCUGUCGAUCCAGUCUCCUUCCCGAGGGUUUAGAUGACCACAUGCAUUUGUCUAGACCUUUCUACAAUUACCCUCUGAUUCAGAGCUACUAUACGGGUCAUCGAGAGAAACUCAAGCGUUUAUCAAGAGGCAAAUGGGAUUCUGACUGCUUGAUGAUUGAUGGAAUGGUUUCCCAGUUGGGAGAGCAAGUGGAGAAGUUGUGGCAAAGAGAUGAAGGCGGUACUGGGAAAUACCCACCUGUUAGUUUACACGCACUGCUGGAUCUCUAUUUGCUAGAAAGCAUUGAAGAAAGUGAUAAACAUGCAAUUACAAUUUACUUGCUGCUGGACAUCAUGCAUUCCUUUCCAAAUAAAACAGAAAAUUCAAUCGACUCCUUUCCAACUGCCUUUGCUAUCCCUUGGGGUCUUGUUAAACUUAUUCAAGGGUUUUGGCUUCUAGAUCACAAUGAUUAUGAAAAUGCCCUGGCCCUGCUCUUCCACCCAGCUACGAUCAAGACUGUGUCCUGGCAGCACACGAGGAUAAUUCAGUCCCUCAUGUGCCAGGGAGAGCACAGGAGAGCCCUCAGGUACAUCCAGAUGAUGAAGCCGUCGAUGUCCAGCAGCAGCGAAGUGCGGCUGCUCCUCACCGUGUUGUUGUCCAACAGGUGCGUGGUGGAGGCUUGGGGUCUCUUGCAGCAACACACCACCAAGUUAAACAUAGAAGAGCUGCUAAAGCACAUGUAUGAAAUCUGUCAGGAGAUGGGGCUCAUGGAGGAUUUGCUGAAGCUGCCCUUCACAGACACGGAGAAAGAGUGUUUGGAGAAGUUUUUACAGGCCAAAUCUGGUGUUCAGAACCACGAAUUCCUCUUAGUCCACCAUCUGCAGCGUGCCAACUACAUCCCAGCACUCCAGCUGAAUCAGUCCAUGAAGACCAGUUUGAUGAAUGAUCGUGAUCCUCGCUUGAGAGAGAGAGCAGUUGCCAGAAAUUCUCUAUUAGAUCAAUAUGGCAAGAUCCUUCCCACAGUCCAAAGGAAGUUGGCAGUGGAGAGAGCCAAGCCGUACCGUUUGCCUUCAUCAGUCUUAAGAGAAGUCCCAAGGCCAAAGCCAUUGUCAACAGCAACAAGGCAAACUAAUGCAGGAAAUGUGCAUACAAGAGCAACUUUCAUCAGUAAGGUGUUGUCCAAAAUUGGGGAAGUAUGGUUCGGAAAUGAGCAGAAAACAAGUAUCUCACAAUAUGAUAGUCCUAGAACUACAGAGCCAGCAGUCAGUGCGCAUCCUCUCCCUGGUGCAGAGUUGCCUGAUGCAUUUCUUGGGACACCUAUUACAAAACUUUCUCAAAAGUGUUCAAGGUUGCUGGAUUUGGUGGUUCGUCCUGUCCCUUCCUGCUCUGUGGCACAGGAUGAGAGCCAGCAGUCCCCAUGCAGGGCUUCUACUUCUUUGGUGGCAUCCAGCCCCCUGAGAUCAAAUACACAUCGCUCCAGUUCCCAAAAGAAUCUGCCAAGAGCAUCAGAGUUGAAUUUACUGGAAACUCCUCUUGUGGUCAAGAGAGCUAAAGUUUUGGCCACGUCUUCUGGUUUUCCUGGGUUUACUCCUCAGUCUAUUCUCAGGUCCAGCCUUCGCACUACACCCCUAGCAACUCCCUCUGCAUCCCCAGGACGAUCAGUUACUCCUCCUCUACGAGCAAAGGAACCUAGAAUAUCUUUCAGGGAAGAGAGCUCACAUGCAAAGUGGACUGUUGGGGUGACAGAAGAUGAUAAAACACUCUUUGGAGCUUCAUCUGAGCAUCAUCAUGGCUUGGUGGAGGAUGCUUGGUCUGAAAGUAGAGCUAAACCAACUCUGUUUACUCUGAGCAAUCCUGAGGAUGAUCGUGUUGAAUUGCAGGGGUCUUUAGAAAGCAUUCCUGGGGGUGAUUUAGAGAAGAUGGAUGUCAGCAAGGAAAAUAGUAACUUGUCUGUCAGAUCAGACCAGACUACUUUGGAGUAUCAUGAUGCAAAAUCACCUGGUGAUUUUGAAGAUGAUGUCAUCUUUAUAGCUGCUAAACCAGCUAAUUCUUCCACUGAAGAAACAGUUGAUGUUCAAGAAUUGGAGAAGGAGGAAGAAAGUGAAAUGGUUGAAGAUAAACCUUUGCAAAUGAAACAACCAGAUCCUUCAGGACGAAGAAAAGAAGCAGGAUUUGUGGAAGAAUCAAAUGCUGAAUGUCAUACCCUUCCUGAGCAUAAGUUGGUGUUUAAAGCUGCUGAUGCUGGAACUUCUGGGGCUGGAAAUGAAGGUGAAACAACCUACCAGAAGUCUGAAAUGACCUCUUCAUCAGAAGACAAAGCCGUAUUGGUUACAACAAGUCCACAGCUCGCUGAAUCCCGAGAGGCAGACAGUGAAUCUGUGAUAAGUAUCCAUGACAGUGAGGACAUGGUCAGUACUCCAUCUGAAAAUCGCCUUGAGGACAAGUGUGUGGAUUUACCUGGAGAAUGUAACCCUGAAGUUGCUGAAAUUGAAGAAGGGUCUGUUUCUAGCAAUCCUCCAAAAACUGAGGAAAUUAAUGUUAUAGAAGAUGCCUCAGAACCAGCGCCUGAAACAUCACCAUAUAGUCAGCUAGAUCCAUCAAGUGAUCUUCAUUAUAACUAUGAAAAUAUAGAGCAACAGUUUGCAUGUGAUUUGCCUGAUAAUAAUGAAUGUGAUGCAGCUGAGGGAGAUGGAGAUGUUUAUCUAUCUCAGAGUAAUUUUACCUUAGUUUUGGAAGGAGAAGAAGGGGAAGCAGAGAUGGGAGACCCUACAUCAGUAGAUGCUUCUAAACCAAAUGACACAACAACAGAAGAAAAGCCUGUGAUCCAUUUAGGAAAUACUGAAAGCCAGGAGCAUGUUACAAACUCAGUGUCCACUGUAACUGGUGAUCAGGAAUCUCAAAAUAUUGCAGAGUCACUCCCAUAUGUGCCUGAACCUAUUAAGGUUGCCAUUGCUGAGAACUUACUGGAUGUAAUCAAAGACACAAGAAGUAAAGAAUUUACAUCUGAAGUUGUAGAACAAUCUAUUCAUGAAACCAUAGGUAAAAAGGUAACUAGAUUGCAGAAGGUGAAAGCUCCCUUAACACCUGUGCUAGAAGCAGUGGGAGAGGAAACCAGCAGACAUCAUUAUGGCAUUGCUCCAAGAACACGCACAAGGGGACAGCUGAGUAGAAGUCCAGGUGUUCUGUCAGUAGGCACUCAGCAGCUGCUGAAGACAGACAGCCCAGCUCUGCUUGGACUGUCUCCUCGGAGAAGUACCAGGCGAACAAAAGAAGCAUCUGAGACUCCCAGACUCCAAACAGAGGAAAGUGCUCCAGAUGAGCAAAUACCUGUGACACCUGUUACUCCUAGGAGAGGUAGGAAACCUAAACUGUCUAAUUUAGAAAAAACAGAAAGCAGCCAUUCUGAUGCACAAACCUUGUCUGACAGUACACUGCCUGUUACUCCCAGAAGAGGAUCAAGGAGAGCAAAGGAAGCUGCAUCUGAACUCCAAGAAGGGGUUAAUGAGGAAACACCUCUUGCUGAAGGCAGCAUUAUUGCUCCUUUCACUUCCAGAAGGACUAAAGGAGGAAAAAAUUCAUCUGGAAAUCUGGAAACUAGCAAGACUGACACUGAUCAUAACGUAAAAACAGCAGCCAGUCCCAGUAGAAGUACAAGAAAAUUGAAAAGCUUUAAUUUACAGUUUACUGAAGAUACUGUCAAGGAUCAGCAGGUGCAGCUUAGUGACCAACCCCUUUUACCUGUGCCAAAUAAAAGAGGCAGAAGAAGAAAGAUUAGUUUAUCAGAAGUUUCAGAAAAUUCUGAUCUUGACCUGUCUAAAUCAUCACUUCCUCAAACAGAAUUUAAACUUCCUGUCACGCCUAGAAGAAGUGCUAGGAAGGCGGCACAAAAUCUCUUGGCAGACCCAGAGCCUACCUCUUCUCAGGAAGACAUCCAUUCAGGUGUGAAAGUAGAAGUCCUUGAUACUCCUAAGAAAAGAACUCGAAAAGUCCCACAUGAGAAUCCAGAAAAAGUGGAUACUCAUGAGCAAACUCCUGCAGAGGCAAGCGAGGAGCCAGCUACACCCAGGUCUACGGUAAGGACAGGGCGUCGGGGCAGGAAGAGGAGAUCAAUGUCUGAGGAGACUUCCCAAGGACCUGGUGGCAGUCCUUUGCUGCUUGAAGACAUAAACCCCUCAGGACCUGGUCAGACAUCAAGAGCUCUGACAGAUCGUGUUACAAGAACCAGAUCCCGCAGGACUGCCAUGCAACAGAAACUGUCUGUUGAGGAAAAUGAGACAUUCCUUUUCUCUCCUCCUCUCACAAAGCUGACAAAGAAAUUUGAAGCUGGGAAAACAGACCAUCCUGUGCAGUUGAAGGAUUUAGACCCGGAUUUGUCUUCUCAAUUUGUCUUUUCACCCCCUCUUUUGAGGUCAAGGAGAAAAACUGUAGCUAGCAUUUCCCGGAUUGUGAAAGAAGCAGAGCUUCCAGCUAAAGAGGAAGAGGAUACCAAAUCCGUAGAGUCUGGGGAAAAGCAAAAAUUGAAGAGAGGUAGAACUCCAAAAUCAAAAAUGAAGAAAUCAAGCAAAACCACAAAAGAAGGUUCUUGGUCACCUCCACCAGUCGAAAUAAAAUUCAUCUCUCCUUUUGGAAGUCCAGUGGAUGGAACAAAAACUAAACAGAAAGAAACUACAGAGGCAGCAGGGAAGACCUUAAGAAAGAACAAAAAAAGACUGUCUAAUUUUCCAAAGCCAGUUGUGCGUCGGAAGAUGCUGUAACUGUUUUUUUAAGUUUAUAAUGUACACCACUGUUUGUAAAGUCAUCAAAAUUGUGUGAAUUAGUAAAAAGAAGAAAAUCAUCUAAUUUGGAAGAGAUAAUUUAUAUAAAUUAUUGUAAAAUUUCAUAAAAAAUGGUCUUCAGUAAGUAACUCCAUAUGGAGUGUGAUUUCCUCAGUCAAUGCAGUUUUCUAUUUUAUAUUAAGACUUCAUACAUUUAUAUAAUAUGUAAAUACAGCUUAUUUUAGGAAUGGUAAAUAAAAGUGUAUACUUCUCAA